CGAGAAAAACUUGGAAAAUGGCUCGAGAAUCCGGCAGAAUAAAGGACGCGUGCCAAAAGAGGAUCCUUGACGAUGCUGCACGUAAACGUAGACAGAAGAAGGCAUUGGAGGCAUUGGAGCAAGACAAUUUUCACGAUGAUCCACAUGCCGACUUAGUGAUGAGCAAGAAAGUGCCAAAAUUUCAAGAGACGCUGGACAACAGAAGCGGCAGUAGAAAAAAGAAGACUCGCUCCGCAGAAUAUUAUAAGCAACGUUUUCGCAAAACUUUUGCUCAGCUCGUCGAGGAAGAUCUCAAUAUGAAUCCUAAUCCGCCGAACUACGCCUGCGCUCAGGCGCCGCCGUCCCGUUUACCCGAGAGACAUUUCUGCGCGGUGUGUGGUUUCCCCAGUAAUUAUACGUGUAUACCAUGCGGCGCCAGAUAUUGCUGUGUCAAGUGCCUAGGUACUCAUCUCGAUACAAGAUGCAUGAAGUGGACGGUUUAAGAAUUUUUAUUUUAUUCGUUCAGAGUUUUAAUGAAUAUCAAUGCAGAAGAGUACCUCGAAAUUUAUUCUUUUCUCAAUGGAAGAUCAAUAUUUAGUAAAUACGUUACUUUUUAUGUCAUUAUUAGACGUAACUUAAUGUAUUUUUAACUUAUAUUUGAAAUUAAUUUUCUUCACUUUCUUCCUUCUUUAAUAAUAGCCUUAGCCAAUUUGAUUUUUGCCAAAAGAAGAAAUUUUUAACUGUCACAAUGUAUUACGUUUUGAUAAUAAAAUACGUGGAAAAAAGCUCCCUGUAAGCGAAAUUUUAACGAUAUACUCUAAUGAUUAGUCCACUGGGGAAAUGACCAGUUGUAUUUGCCAAUCUGCUUAAUGAGCAAAUGCGAUUGGAUGGAUAACGAUUAAGUUAAUCGGAGUUUGAUCAAAGUGACCCUAACAGUAUCCCAGCAAAUUUCAGCAGAAACGUACGACAGGAACUGCAUGUGCGUUAGGUGUUUUAAGUAUUAAACUUAAGUGUUUUCCCAACAAUCUGCUUUAACGCUCAAAUUCAUAAAUUAAUAAUUUAUGCUAUUCAAUAUCAUUUCGUGUAAAAAGAUUUAAAAAAUAAAAGUUCGUGCUCGCAUUAAAGAGGAAAAGAAAUAAUUAAACAGUUUUUUCUGUUUUGCUUCUUUUAGGUUAGGGGCUAAUAAUUAAAUGUUUUUUUUUUGUUUUGCUCCUUUUAGGUUAGGAGCGUUAGCGCCUUCAACCCUGCCCUAGGGCCUAGGCUGCGUUCGGGGACGGGGAGCGCGCUAUUAGCGCUAUUGCAUCAUACUAUCUUU